GGCUGCACGCAGGCUAACUGAAACCUAAAGGUUCAUUUUCUGAGAGGGAGAAAAACCAGAGGGCCUGGAGGAAAGGUAGAUAAUGAACCAAACUGUACUUACUUAAUAACUUUUUAAGCACAUGCAGGGAAGUUACUCGGCAACCUCAGUAAAUCCUGUAUCAAUUCAACCUGCAAUAGCAGGCUUAGCAUAGCACGUAAGGGGCAAUACAUUAACCGCAUCUGCAUGUUGUCACCCAUAGUUCCCUGGUGAUAAUUUCGAAUCCAAUCACACUACUUUAAUUUCUUUGAUCUUGUCAACAUUUAUUUGUUCGUUAUUAAAGAGAAGUCCUGGUCAUCGUACAAAUUGGCUCAAACAAUUCAAAACCAGUCGAAAACGUCCAUACAACCUUUUUUAAGCCUUACGAGGCCAACACACAAGAUCCAUACAUCACUGCUUAUUUGAAAACUGAUGCUCUGCCUUUGACGUUCGUGAUCGGUGAUGGAAAGGAGUAUAAUUCGGAAAAACAAAAAUACUUCAACCAACCUCUGAAACAGAAUACAAGUUAUAUCGCGUUCCUCAGGUUUUUUGAAACUCGGGUAAAUUCUAUAAAUACAGAACGUUUUUGUUAAUAUUUUGAACGAAAUAUUUUUUUCGUAGAAAACUUGAUUAAUUAGUAUGUUGUUUUCUAAAGAACUCGUACUACUCAACAGAAUGGAGCAAAACUAUUAGGACGUUCGUAAAACCUACAGGUAAUGAUUUCACACCACCCAGCUGCGAAUAAAUUUAAAUGAGAAGAGUUGUGAUUGAAUAUCGCAUGUAAACCGUAGAAAUAUAGAUAGUAUUUCUAUGAUGUAAACCCAUUGGCCAACUGCCAGGUGAUCUGAAGGUGAGCAAAAGGACUGGGACUAGCAACAGAAUAGAAAUCCAGUUUCGUACCUUUAAUCACUUGUCACGUCCUGAUUCUUUUGUAAAACUGUUUGAAACUUUAAUUUGUGUCUGUGUCUUGCACAGGGAAAUGAAUAAAUGGGACAAAUUUGAGAUGGAAAUCUAAUACCGUUAAUGAGAUAUUGAGUAAUUUUAAACCAGAAAUGGAUUUCUAUUUAACAAUUAGUACCAGGCCUUUUCCGAGUUCCGAGACCACCUGGUGAUUGUCUACAAAUUGUUUAAAAACCAAGUAUCCACAAGGUUAUCUCCAACAAAAAGCAGUGACAAAUGUUUGCAAUGUUAAACGUUAUUUGCGCAAUUGAGUUUAUUGAUCCACCACUCUUGCAAGAAGUUGUCAACUAUACUCUCGUUAUUAAACAAGCAUAUGCUUGUUAAUUAAAACAACUUCCUAUAUAAGAGGUCUGCUGCAGCUGGUGUGCGAAGAAAGUGUAUUUGUUUGCACGCAUGAAUAUCUAAUCAGUUUCGUUCGGGUCGAAUGUUACAUAUAGAGCUUUGGUGUGUUGUAAUAUGGUAUAUUAUAUAGCGUACUGAAAUUCUAUAAGUAACACUUUUAUAUCCCUUAUAGUAAUAAUUAUAACUCUAAGCUUUGCAGUAAUAAAUUUACGUGGUGUUUCCACAAACAAAAAGUAUUUAUAUAUAACAUAUAUAUGUUAUAUCAAAUAUAUCUGUUAUAACAUAAUAUGUUAUUAUGUCAUAUGAUAAUAGUGAUAUGUUUUGUAAUUAGAGCCUGUAAGCCCUGUCGCGAUAUCUUAUUCAAGUCUAAAAGUAACCAUGCAUGUGCAAACCACCAACGCAAACUAUAGUACAGUAUAAUGUACAAUAUAGUGGAAAACAUGCAGUACAAUGUACAGUACAGUAAAAUGCAGUGCAAAAUAGUUCGAUAUAUAGAGGUUUGAAACUAAAGAGGUAUGUUGGAAAAACUAACGAAAGAUUUUAUGUCCUAUAUAGGGCUGAGUGGACCUCCAUUGAACGUGGCUUUUAACUCCCGCGGUAAAACCUCACUACGAGUGUCCUGGAAAGCUCCUAAAAGUUUACAGAACGUCGAACUGACAGGAUAUCAAGUUUGCUUUUAUACAAGGGAGGACACUGCUCCGGUAUUCUUAGUAUUUAAUACAAGCGCUAAAGUACUUUCACGUACCCUCGACAAUCUCAAACCUUCAACAAAGUACUUUGUGACGGUUUCAGCCAGCACAAAAGCUGGUUAUGGAGAGAAAAGUUUGGCAGUCAGUAAAAUAACAAAUGGAGGUAAUUUAGUCAAUAUGAAUAGUUGGCAUGUAAUUUGAAAAAGCUCUCAAUAACCGUAACCUCAAAACAUUGUGUCACAAAAUUAAGUCUGUCUUAGCAUAUUUGCUGCACAAUCAUUUGCUGUAUCCAGUCGUUCAAUUUUAUGAUUAUUAUUAUGACAAUAUUUUAAUAGGAAACUCUCUCACGUAAAGUAAUUUUCAGAGAGGUCCUAUAUAUAAAUAUAUAAAAUAUGAAUCAUAAAAACUAAUUUCAUCAAUGAAAUUACAAUAAAGUUAAAAGUCAAUAAAAGUUAUCUGAUGGUUUUAGUAUUUUUCUUAUCUUUAGAGCCAGUAAAUCCAUCCACAACGUCCUAUUACACUCUGAUUUUAAAUAUACCUAAACCAAAGGAUUACAUCAGGUACUUUUUUACAUGAAUAUUGCCCUUGCAUGCAUACUGAUGGCUUGCGCGUCCUCUCUCAAUGUAUUUUGGCUCGAUUGGUAUACCUAUUACUAUAACACCUGUGAGUGUGACAUGUCCAUAUAGUAGCCAUACCAGCCAACAUCUCUCGUGCUAGCUCUUAAAUCCUUUUGUUCAUAUAACAUGAUAUGUAUAAUGAUUUAGAGAAGUGAUGGUCAUCGUUCAAAAUGCCAAAAUGACUUCAACGCUAAGCGAAAACAUCAAAACAAGCGAUCUCAAGCCUUACCGGGAAAACAUGAAUGAUCCUUAUAUCACUGCUUAUUUGAAAGCUGAUGUUCUACCUUUGACGUUCGUGAUCGGUGAUGGCAAGGAGUAUAAUUCUGAACAAGAAAAAUACAUCAACCAACCUCUUAAGUUGAACUCAAGUUAUAUCGUGUUCCUGAGAUUUUUUGAAAGUCAGGUAAAUAUUAGUAAGAGAUGAGGGUUAUUCAGAUCAGGUUUGUUUAUUUCUCCCAUGACAAUGUGAAAACAAAAGAACACAUAUUAACUAUUAUAUUAUCGUUUAGGACUCAUAUUACUCGACGGAAUGGAGUAGCGGUGUUAAAACAUUGAUAAAAGCUCCAGGUAAGUGAUCCCUAAUUACUUAAUUUGAUAUUUUUCAUUACAUAAAUUAUUGCUCACCAUAUAAGAUAUUCAAGGGGAUAUGCGUGCAUUUGUCAACUGAUCGUUAUGAGAAAUACUGCAAACUUUGUAUUUUUUGUAGUGGAAUGUAUUAUUAAUCAAAAUUCAGAACAAUCCAAUGACGAGAAAACCCGUAUGGAUCUCAUAAUUCCACUGGUUAUUUUCGCCCUAUGUUUUCUCCUCUCACUCGGUGUAAUCGUAUACCAACGUCGUCUUAUCCAAAAUAACACUAGACAGCCGGACCAUAAACGUGGAAAUUCCGAACAAAACGAGAAAUUUGGUAUGUAAUAAAAUCUUUCACCUAAACUAAGUUUUAUUUCUCACCAGUGACGGAAAUCUUGGUGGGGGGGGUGUAAUAUAGUACUCCUUCGAUGCAUAAACACAUGUCUAGCUUCUAUCUUACAAGUGCGCAUGCUCCUAAGGCAUGAUGUAACUAUUACGUCAUUACAUCCCUUUAAACCUUUAGUUUUUUGCAUUCACUAU